GAUUAGCGGAUUUCGGAACGCCUGUAGUGAUCGCUCGGUCUUGCCGUGAUGUGCCCACCGUGAUAUAUAUUUCGUGAGUGUAGUAGUGUACGGGAUUUUUAAACUGUAUCAUAAACAUCUAAUUUAUAGCAAGAGAUAUGCGUAACUCAGUAUUUUUCUGCUAUUCAAAGUGCUACAGUUGAUCCAGUUCAGUGUUGUUUAGGCAUAUAAGGAUUUGGGACCAAAGAUGCUAAAGAACCGUGGUCGCGACCCGCGCUCGGCGGUGCCCAGUACGCCAACAAUGGCGCUCCGGUCCAACGUCCACCGGGCGCCGAUGGCGAAACCAGAACCCGACUACGAGGUGGUGGAGUUCCCCUCGGACCAGUAUGUCAACGCUAAGCUCCAGCCACCACCGCCUCCUCCGCCACGCCCGCCUACAGGUGAUAACAUAUUAGGUCACCCAAUAGAUGCAGAUGCCUCUUGCGGUCUCUGCGGAGGCGGUGGAGCUCGGGUUCGAUGCACUGAGUGUGGUCGUCGAGCACUAUGUGCCUCCUGCGAUGACAUGUACCACCGGCACCCCAAGCGCAGACAUCACCAGCGACAGGCAUUAUCACACGCGCAGCUUCGUGAUGAGCGACCACCGCUACCACCGAAGGCUGCCCCUCCCGUACCGCCGCCACGGAGACAUAAGAUCGGCGGCGACAGACUCAGCGCUAGUCCACUUCCACCUGCCAUUGAUCGGCGUUCUACUAUGAACCCAUUGAUGGGAAUACCCAAACAAAUGGCAGCAAUAACCAAUACCAACCACUUUGUGUCCCAACGUCCGCAAAUGCAUCAUCAGCGCCCGAGCGUUCCAAGUGUGACGUCACACAUGGGCAGCGUGCCAUACUUGCCAAAUGCUGUGCAUCACUCAAACACACCUGUUACAAGUCAUGACCAAUCAAACACAUUGGGACAUUUUUCGUCCUGGAAUCGACCACGCGGCUCUCUAUCCGGCAUCAAUGUGCCCCAAAAUGUUGUGCAAGCUCCACAACUGGAACCGUGGGAAGUCCAAGAGAAUCUUUCUACCCAGAGCUGGGGUCGACCUUUACGCCGUGGAACAUCAGUUAUGGAAUUGGGCGGCGGGCCAACGGCAUGCCCCGGCUGCGCACACUGUGCAUCUAAUCCAUGGCGAUAUGGUAGUUGCGCUAACCUGGACCAUUCGUGGGUUGGACAGAGUCCUUGGCCUCAAACCUGUUGUGUUCCACAUCCGGCGGCCCACAAUCCACAGAUGUUCCCACAUCUUCACCCGCAUCCUCCACAAACUCCACAACCUUAUCGAAGAGCGGACAGCCGUGCAGUAUCUCGGGCAGCUUCGCGGGCCGGAUCACGCGCAGCAUCUCCUGCUUUGAGCGUGAGAUCCCGGGCGUCCCGACGAUCGAAACACCGAACACCAUCCCCAGUACCAUUACCUUCAAGUGACGCUGACUCCGAGAGCGAAAAUGAGAGUGAUAGCAAAGAAAGUAAAAUACCAUCUGUAAACACUAACAAUGCAAAAGAGAUGGUUGAAGACUCUCUAGGUCCUGCACCAUCGCCGCCCAACUCAUCUUGGCAAUGCGAGCACUGUACUUUCGUUAAUGAACCUGGAACGAGGGUAUGCGCGGUUUGUUGUCGCACACCGACUACAAAAGCAAAAAUAAUUUCGACCGACGGCAUAAACAAUGGUGUAGCAAGACUUAGAGUUACGAAUAAAUCUUCUCCUUCGCCUACUAGUAAUUUAAUAGAUGAUCGACGGAAGAAGAUUGACGACAAAAUUAAUAAAACAGCAAGGCCUUCCAAGGAACGUACUUCUACUGGGUGCGGGCCAUCUCCACCUCGUGAUGGAAGGCCAGUACUUAAAUCAUCAAACAGAUUAGCUACCCCAACAAGAGAACAAAACAAUGAACGAACGGCACAAACUCGAAUUCGUCACGACAUAGCAGUAGGACCAUCACCGCCUAAGGAGCUUCCAAAUAAACAGCAAGCAGUAUCCACCUCAAGAAAUGCAGCAACGGUUCAAUCACUAAUUCAGGAUAGAGUCGAAAUACAAUCCUUCCCAAAACGUGAAACCCCUUUACGUGAACCUUUAACUAAACAUAGCGUGUCUGUUGGCCCAUCACCACCUCGCGAUAGCCCAUUGCGAGUGGUGGCAACCAUUCGCAACGUCUCUCCAAAUUUUCAAAAAAAGUACGUUGGAAACUCGCCUCCUCGAGAACCUAAUAGACCAUCAUCCAGAUCAAGUAGAACCAAUACUGGAACUUCUCCUCCACCACAAAGCAUUUCUACACAAACUUAUGAAGUACCAAGUAACUGGGACCGUGCUCAGUCGGUAUCGCGAUCGUCGCGGCCAAGACGUCGCGUGCUCGAUGAGAAUCGACGAGAAAGAUCGCAUAGCAGGCUCUCUUUGUCUAGCGAUACGCGUGAAAGCGAGCGUAGUGUCCGUACUAGUGGUGGUAGAUGGGAAUGGCGCGAACCUCGCGAUAGUAGCCCUAGCGGUGAAUGGAGUGAGAGUGAACGACGACGGAAUUCUACACGGCUCACGCGACGAGCUUCUCAUCUCGAUCUCCGUCGCAAUCGGGCCGUGCGCCGCUCCAGCAUGUACGGUUCAGAAGUUCCUGAUUUACAGGGCCCAUCACCGGAACCGUUGACUAACAACCGGGCGAUAUCUCUAGAGGCACUUGCUGGUGCCGGAUCAAGGCGAGAGGCUGAAAGAGGUUUAGAAUUGGCCCGGUUGAUGAGCGACGCUGAAAGAUUGGGCUUCAGUGCCGCUGAAGUUCAUGCGGCGUUGGCACAAAAUCCAGUAGCACCGUUGGCGUGGUUGAGUAAACGAUGGCCUAGCCUUUGUGCAGGUGUCCGUGCGGCUGCGGCUAGACUAGCGCCGGGUGUUAAUGUAAGCGAGCUUGAAGCUCGUGCGGCUUUAGCGAGGCAUAGGGGUGCGAUGUGGCCCGCUGUCAAUGAAUGCGUCGAGCGAUCACGACGACAGGCAAUCGGUGUUGGUGAAGAAGGUAGAUUGCGCGGUCACGUAUGGGGUCCACCAACUGGAGCUGAUGAUGAUGCUGUACCCCCAGACCCUUUACCCAGCCGCUCACACCGCAUUCGCGCAGACAACAGUUCAGACGAAUUCGAAGUAACUACAAACAAAUUUCAAGAUGAUGACUGGAUGUAUUUACCGUUAGACAUACAGAAAAAAACUAAUUAUGAAUCUGAAUAUCCGAUAAAAAAAGAUCACACAAAUGCAACUGAAAAUGAUAACAGUAACGAUAUAGCCGAGAAAUUAAAAUCUCUCCUAAUCCAAGCCGGGAUACCACAGAUUGAUGAAAAAUUGCUUUUAAAGGGUCUGUUAGGCAAUAAUGUAACACAUGUAGGCGAAAAUAAAUUGGCACAAGACAAUAAUCAGAAUAAUAAACACAAUUUAGCUGAAUUCAUCCAAUCUGAAAAUGACUUCAUUGAUGCAUAUAAUGCACUUACGCGACUUAGUCCCCUUCCAAAUUUAAAUAAAAAUACUAAUUUAAAUACAAAAGAGAAUUUAGAAAAUAACACAAAAAUUCCAGAUAAUCAACCUAACAGCCACAUGAAGUCUCAUGAAUCUACGACAAACCAUUUAAAAAUCAAUAAACCAAUAAAAAUGCCACUUACUAAGCAAUCUAAAAAGAAUAAUAGUCAUGAUAAUAUAAGGAGAAACGUUGUUGAAACCCUAAACAAUAACAACGAAACCCUUUUAAACAAAGAUCGUUUUUUUAAACAACUCGAUAUUCAUUCGAAUAAAGAAGCAUUAAAUCUUAAGACCAAAGAACAUGAAAAAACUAACAACCUUAACGAUAUAGUUGAUAAUACACAAAAACUAAUACAACAAAUGAAAGAAGAAAUCCAUUCUGAUAUUCAUUCCUUACAAGAUAAAAGUAGUACACAAAGCGAAGCAGGUAAUAGUUCCAAUGAGUCACGCUUGUCAUCUGAAAAAGAAUCCAGUUUUAGUAGCAGCGAAGGUGAAUCAGAAGAUCUGUCAUCUGACGAAAAAGAAGUUACCUGUAGUGGAGAAGACAACGUAACUGAACAGAAUAAAAACCGCGUAUCAGUCAAUAGAACAAGUUCUGAAGAUAAUGAGAAUUUUGAAGAAGCGAUGGAUCAUGUAGAAAUUGAAAUUGAGGAUUUCAAAGAUUCAAAUAUAGAAAUAUUAAAUUCUAUUGCAAAAAGUUUACAGCAAGAGCAUUCUUUAACUGUGGAAAUUGAUGAAACGAAAGUUACUAAUAAAUGCAAUGAAGACGUCAACAAUAACUUAUUCGCAGCAGUUGAUAAUUUUGAAGAAAUUUACGAACAGCUUAGUAAUGAGAAAGAAAAAAAACUAAAUGAAUUGCAGCGUGAAACACUUUCUAUAAAAAAAUAUACAUCAUUGAACAAUAACGUUGAGCAAACCAACAUCAUUCGCCCAGAGGCAAAAUAUGUUUCCACUUAUAUAAAGCAAGAUAUAAGUACAUCAAAAUUUACACCAAGUUCUCCAAUAAAAUUAUUUAUUACAGAAAAUAAACAUCAGCUUCAGACUGCAUUUAUAGAAAAUUUUGAUGAUUCUUUGGAAGAACUAACAAAUUCACUAGAGAAUCCUAUAAAUAGUGAUAAAUCAAAUGACUCUUCUAACGAACCAUCUGAAGGGUUUAAUAAUAUUUCAGCUAUGAACACACCAGAACAGAGUGAUUCAAAAAUUAUUUCUGAAUAUUUAUCUAAAACUACUACCCUAGAUGGCGAAAUUAAAGAAAAAAUCCCAUCUGAUGUUGAUUUAUCUGGUACAGAAGACGGCAAAAAAGGUUUUAAUGUACAUAACAAUAAACAAGAUGACAUUAUUCUGAAUUUAAAUGAUUUAACCGAUAAUAACGACCAAGACAACAGUGGCCACAUAAGUCUUAAGAUUCAAAAAAAUGAAUCUUCAGCUGCAGGAACUUUGGGAAAAGAAACGCUUAAAUCAAAAAUGCCGUCAGUUAUAAGCAAAUCCAAUAUACCCAAACUUGUAAGAAAUAUGCAUAGUGGUAAGCAGAAAAAUGAUAAAAAUGUCACAAAAGUAAUCGCGUCCAAAGUACCAGUUCGAAGGUCUAGUAUAAAACAAUAUCCUGCGCCAAAUCCCCCAAAAUCUCGAUUUGGACAUAUACAAAGUGGAUUUGUAAAACAACUGCAAACAAGACUUUUCAGUACAAAAACAUCGAAAUCAACUAAAACAGAUACAGAGACACAUCUCCAAAAAACAAAGGAGGAUCUAAGAGCUAUUGAAGUUCAAGUUUCCACUUCAACGAUGACUAAAAAAAAGCAAGCUCCUCCUCCGCCCGUCCAGAUGACAAGGGAAUUAUCGCCACCAAAAACAAAUUUAGCAAAUGAAAAAACUAACCAUUUCUUCCGUGAGACCUGUCGUACAGAAGAUGAAUGGACCGAGAGUGAUGCAGACGAUAAUAUAAUUCAAAUAAAUAAAGAAGAGCCUAAUCUCGCGAUACCAUCACCGCCACAGCCUAUCACAAUGCGUCAAGUAUCAGGACAGCUCAUUGACUUAGCCCUCGUUCGGUUACCUGAAGGCUCUCCGGAGAGGCAAGCUCGAAUGCUACUAGCAGAAGGGGCCACAGAAAACUGGGAACAGGCACAGCUAGCGGUAAAGCUAAUAUCACAAGGAACAGACACCCCUGCUGCUCUCUUGGCUGCAUUAGAAUGUGUUGACCUAGCAUCGGCUGUUGCUUACUUACAUCAAGACUGUGAACUCUGUGCUUCUAAAUUUCCUGAACAUGAGAUGGUUUCAAUGUUACGCUGCACGCACAGGUGUUGCCGUGAAUGUGCACGUCACUAUUUCACAGUGCAAAUUACAGAAAGAAGCAUUGCCGACUGUGUCUGCCCAUAUUGUAAAGAACCCGAGUUGGAGAAUCUCCCGGAAGAUGACUGGCUUGACUACUUUGCCCAUAUGGAUAUUUUGUUGAAAACAUUAUUAGAAACAGAAACUCAUGAACUCUUUCAAAGAAAGUUACGUGAUAGAACGCUUGCAAGAGAUCCUAACUUCCGGUGGUGCGUGGAAUGUUCUUCCGGAUUCUUCGUGCAUCCUAAACACAAAAGAUUACGAUGUCCAGAAUGCAAAUCAGUCACUUGCGCCAGUUGUAGGAGACCCUGGAGCACCAAUCAUGAUGAUAUGACGUGCGAGCAAUACGCGCUGUGGCUCGAAGACAACGAUCCAGAACGGUCUGUCGCCGCUGUACAGCAACAUUUGAGAGAAAACGGCCUUGACUGCCCAAGAUGUCACUUUAAAUAUUCCUUAUCUAGAGGAGGUUGCAUGCACUUCACAUGCUCGCAAUGCAAGUACGAAUUCUGUUAUGGAUGCGGAAAACCGUUUAUGAUGGGAGCCCGCUGCGGGCUUAGCGAAUACUGCUCAAGGCUGGGUUUACACGCCCACCAUCCCCGCAACUGCCUCUUUUAUCUACGAGACAAGGAACCGCGCGAGUUGCAAACACUUUUGCAGAUGAACAACAUCACGUACGAAACAAAAGCUGCUGAAGGCUCCACUGGUCGAUGUCCAAUUCAAUUGCAACGCGAAACUCCUACCGGUCUUUUGGACACCAUCUGUGGUAGUGAAGUGCAACAAAAUCAAGCGGGACUUUGCAAGAUACACUACGUGGAGUAUUUAGCCGGCCUGGCACGUUCGCUUGACCCCAUCCCUAUCAUGGAAGUGAGCGAGCUCGUGGCAGAGUUACGCCGCCGCGCUCUUCCGCUGCCCGAACGCGGCCCGUGGGACACUGAUCCUAUAUACGCCGGAAUGUGUGCAGAGGUAUACAGUGUUUUAGUGCAACUAAAAAUCAAUUGUCAGAGAGAAGAUACCGCUUGACUGAGUGUUCAAUAUAUUCCUAGAACUAACUUUUUUUCCCAUUAAUUUAUAUAAAUGGCCCUAAGAGAGCCUUUAAAGUCAAUAUAUCAACAAGAAAUAUGUUUAUUUUUCGAAAAUGAUAGAGUAAACUACGUAGCAUUUGUGUAUUCAUUUUAUGUCAAUAUAUUUAUUAACACAAUUUAAAAACUUAUAAUGAAAAAUUAAAC